AUGGAUGUGUGUGGUCGUGUUAAUGGAAUGGGGAUGGAAUUAUUGAACCAGUCCAACUACAAGGUAUGGAAGACUUGUUUGGAGUCCUACCUUGUUGGUGAGGAUUUGUGGGAAGUUGUCAAUGGGAGUAACACAAAUCCUCCUGCUGAUGCACCGGAAAAUAAUGAUGCACGUAAGAAGUGGAAGCAGAUUAAUGCCAAGGCGGAGUUCAUCCUGAAGAGGUCCAUCUCUCCCAGUUUAUUCGAUCAUAUUAUAAGGUGUAAAUCAGCUCACGAAAUAUGGAGGACCCUUGAUCGUUUGUUCAACAAAAAGGAUGAAGCUCGGCUACAGAUUUUGGAGAACGAAUUGGCCAACACCAUUCAAGGUAAUCUUUCUAUUGCUGAGUACUUCUUGAAGAUUAAAAACUUAUGUUCUGAAAUAUCUCUAUUAAAUCCGGACGAGGCUACUUCUAAAGCACGAAUGAGAAGAAUUAUCAUUCGUGGUUUGAAGUCAGAAUAUAUUCCUUUUGUUACAUCAAUUCAAGGAUAG